CUGGUGUGCUAUCAGGAGGGUAUCGACCUCCUGCUGCAGGUGGUGAAAGCCACGAAAGAUGAGGCAAAAAAGCACCGUUACCGGCAGAAAAUAUCAGAGUACAUGACCAGAGCUGAAGACAUUAAAAAACACAUUGAGAAAGAGAAACAAGAUGGCAAAUACCAUAAGCAAAUCAGGAUAGAGGAAAAUGCAACAGGUUUCAGCUAUGAAAAGCUUUUCCAAGAGUACCUUACAGAGAUUGUUUCUGAAGUUUGGGUGGAGGACCCGUACAUCAGGCAUGUUCAUCAGUUGUAUAACUUCCUACGAUUCUGCGAGAUGCUAGUUAAGGGGCCGUGUAAAGUGAAAACUAUUCAUCUCCUCACUUCCUAUGAUGAAGGUAGUGGGAAGAGUCAGCAGAUAAGUGGCUUGGAAGAAAUACAACAAUCAUUGAGGAAUUAUGGAGUAACACUGAAUGUUGCAUUUUCAUCUUCAAUACAUGAUCGAGAAAUUAGAUUCAACAAUGGAUGGAUGAUUAAGAUUGGAAGGGGUCUUGAUUAUUUUAAGAAACCACAGGGUCGUUUCAGCAUUGGAUACUGUGACUUUGACUUGCGACCUUGUCAUGAAACAACAGUGGAUGUCUUUCAUACUAAACAUACAAAGAAAAUGUGA